GGUGAAUCUGAGUCGGAGAAGGCAGUCAGAGUGAGACCUCCUGUCACGUACAAUCUUUAUCGGGAGUGACCCAGGAUGGCAAGCACUAUGUGGAGGUCAAUGGUGUCCCAGGUGGUGCUGAGGAGACCUGUUCUGUCUUCAGCUUCUUUUUCCAGAGGGAUACAGACCGUCACAGUGAUUCCUGGCGAUGGGAUCGGACCAGAGAUCUCCACUGCGGUGGUGAAGAUCUUUGAGGCGGCCAAAGCUCCCAUAAGAUGGGAGGAGAGAAAUGUGACAGCGAUCAAAGGACCUGGUGGCAGGUGGAUGGUCCCUCCUGAUGCCAAAGAGUCCAUGGACAGGAACAAGAUCGGACUGAAAGGACCCCUGAAGACCCCCAUCGCUGCAGGUCACCCCUCCAUGAACCUGCUGCUCAGGAAGACCUUUGACCUCUACGCCAACGUGCGGCCCUGUCUUUCCAUUGAGGGCUACAAGACUCCGUACACCGACGUGGACCUGGUCACCAUCCGAGAGAACACGGAGGGCGAGUACAGCGGCAUCGAGCAUGUGAUUGUGGAUGGUGUGGUGCAGAGCAUCAAACUCAUCACUGAGAACGCCAGCAGACGCAUCGCCGAAUAUGCCUUUGAGUACGCCAGAAACAACCAAAGAAACAGCGUGACAGCUGUGCACAAGGCCAACAUCAUGCGAAUGUCCGACGGACUGUUUCUGAGGAAGUGUCGCGAGGUGGCUGAGAACUACAAAGACAUCAAGUUCAAGGAGAUGUACCUGGACACCGUGUGCCUCAAUAUGGUCCAGGAUCCCACCCAGUUUGACGUACUGGUCAUGCCCAACCUCUAUGGAGAUAUUCUGAGCGAUCUGUGUGCUGGUCUGAUUGGAGGACUCGGAGUCACUCCCAGCGGGAACAUCGGAGCCAACGGAGUCGCCAUAUUUGAAUCGGUCCAUGGCACUGCCCCCGACAUCGCCGGCUUAGACCUGGCGAACCCCACUGCCCUGCUGCUCAGCGCUGUCAUGAUGCUGCAUCACAUGGGUCUCCAUGGCCAUGCCAACAAGAUCCAGACGGCCUGUUUUGACACCAUCAGAGACAAGAAGGUGUUGACAAAGGACCUGGGUGGAAACUCCAAGUGUUCAGAGUUUACGGCUGAGAUCUGCCGUCGCAUCCAGGAUCUGGACUGAAGCUGCAGUGACUGAGCCAGCGUGGGAGUCUCCGCCCACCUGAAAUGAGCCACGCCUCCCCCGCUGGCUGGUGUCUCUGUAGAGCUGCGAGGCUCCUGAGCAUUCUGCUUUUCUCUCACCUGUUUCCACCUGUGUGUAAAGCUGUUUUUGCUGUAAUAAGGUGACGGUGUAGAGAGGGUGGGGCUUCUGUAGCAGCUACCUGUUCAGGUCACAUGAUGAAACAUUCACUGCAAAAAUAUGCACAACUUUGACAUGGCCAAGUUGGAAUGAGCAACUGUGAGGAGUGUUUCUUCCCAAGCAUAUCUUCAUUAGCAACUGUAGUCAUCUGAGCACUCUGCUUUGUCGACUCAGCACUCGGGUGUCUGCUGUUUUUUUUAACAGUGAUGCAGCGUACGUGCACCCGAAACAGCCUCUUAUUUAUUGUUUCUACCUCCUAUUAAUGCUGCGCUCUUCAGUGUGACACAUCCAGAAAUGUGGAAAGGGAGAUGGAGUCGGAACAGCUUGAUUACACACAGCUUCUCUGCCUUUCUUCUCAAGUGCUUCACUUUCAAUGACUAUUAAAAAUGUCUUUUUGAAAAGAGGAAACCAGUUUUAAGGCUCUUUAUCUGAUGCUUCCCUAACAAUGAAAUGAAUUCAUCACAUCCUGUUGGAGGCUCUUUUUUCCUGACAGUGAUGUUCUACAGUAACUAGUGACACUUAUUUACACCGUGUGCCACAUUUCACAUGUUUAUAAUGUAACCAAAGCUUUGACACAGCCUGAUAAUCACUUUUUGUAGUCACAUCAAAGCCAUAACUAAAUCAGCUGUUUAUCACCUCAAACAAGCAGCAAGACUCAGAGGCCUCAUGUCCAGACAAGAUCUAGAGGAACUCAUUCAGGCCUUCGUCUCCAGCAGGCUGGACUAUUGUAAUGGCCUUUUGUCUGGACUUCCCAGAAAGACUGUUAGUCAGCCUCAGCUCAUUCAGAUGCUGCUGCCAGAAGUUUAACCAGAGCCAGGACAACUGAGCAUGUCACGCCUGCUUGUAUUCUGACGCUGGCUGCCAGUUACCUACAGAAUUGAUUUUAAAGUGCUGCUGCUAGUUUAUAAACCUCAGUGGUAUGGGACCAAAUGCCUGACAUGUCUGAUCUCCAUGAAGAAUCCAAACCCAGCAGGGCCCUGAGAUCCUUGGGAAGCUGUCAGCUGGUAGAACGUCAGGUCAGAACCAAAGAGACAAAGGUGCAUUUAGCUGCUAUGCUGCACACAGGUGGAACCAGCUUCCUGAUGACCUUAAACGUGCCCUGACUCGAACACUUUCUGAAUGUCAACUGAACCCUCUGCUGUUUCCCUGUGCCUUUGUUUCACUGGUUUCUCUUCUGCACUGUAACGGCUGGUAAACUGUGUUUCAAACCUUUGUCUAUUUGAUUUUAUUGUCAUGUUAUUUUGUCUCAUUUUAACAAUGUUUUAUCUUCACUUUGUCUGAACUGAUUUUAUUCUGGUUUGGUU